GAAUAUUCCAUUUGAUGCUCAAGAAGAGGAUGUAACUGAGCUUUUUGGAAAACACGGAAAAGUAAACUAUUGUAAAUUGGUGAUCGAUCCAUCCACAGAACAUUCAAGAGGUUGUGCAUUUGUAAAAUUUCGAAGUUCGACUGAGGCUGAAAAAUGUCUUGAAAAGAACAGUAAUGAAGAUGGGGUGAAUGGUUUUAUGCUGAAUGGACGCAAACUACACUUGUCAAUGGCAUUAUCGAAAGAAGAAGCAGAAAAGCUAAAAAAGGACAAAAAAGAACCAAAAGAAAAGAAAGACAAAAGAAAUCUUUAUCUUGCCAGAGAGGGCAUGAUUCGUCCUGGUACGAAAGCAGCAGAAGGGGUUUCCAAGGGCGACAUGAUGAAAAGAUUCAAGAUGGAGAAGGUCAAACGACAGAAAUUACAGAAUUUGAACAUCUUUGUUUCACCAACAAGGUUGAGUGUCCACAAUUUACCAACGUCUGUAGAUAACAAAAAACUUCGAGAAUUGUUCUGGAAAGCAGCUGGUGAUGAUAAAGCCAAGAUAAUUGAGGCCCGAGUGAUGCGAGAUAUGGGACGUGUAAAUAGCCGUGGAGUGCCCAAGUCACUGGGAUAUGCCUUUAUUGAAUUCACAGAACAUGAACAUGCUCUGAAAGCACUCAGACAUGUCAACAAUAACCCAGAAAUAUAUGAACCUAUUAAGAGACCCAUUGUUGAAUUCUCUCUGGAAAACAAACUUGCAUUACAAGUAAAAGAAAGAAGAAAACAGAAAGUAUCGGCAAAGUUAAAUGAGGAAGGUGCUUCCGGCAAAAAGCCAAUGAUUACAAAAACCAAGUUUGAAACAGCAGCAAAAAUAAUGGAUGGAACUAAAGAGAAAGUUAGGAAAGGCAUGCCAUCACAUAUGGGACCCAAAGUUAGAUGGAGAGAUCGAAAAAACAAAUUACCAGUUGCUAAAAAACCAAAGGAUAAAAUGAGCAGAGAAAAAUCAAGAGGAAUGAAGAUGAACAGUGAUGCCAGAGUUGUACAACCAAUGAAGGUUAAAACGAAAAAGAAAUCUGGAAAACGAAAAGGAGCACCAGGAGAUGACUUUGAUAGAAUGGUGCAAAACUAUCAAAAGAGCAAACUUUCAAGAACGAGACAGACGAAGAAAGUUAAGAAAACAAAAUCGAAAUGGUUUGAGUGACAGACAUUUCAUUUCGCCAAUGGUGGAGUUUUCUAAUUUAAUAUGAUCAUGCUGUGACAUAUUUUUACUUUAUCUGUCAAUUAGAAUUCAUUACUCAACAAACAAUAACAUGUUUUAAAUUUGAUUUAUUAAAAAAAUACAGUUACAAUAAAAUGUUGUGUAAAUAAUCAAUGUAUUUUACACAUGCACGUUGCAUGGGCACCACAUAGAAUGUGGGGUUGAAAUUAAAAUGAAAAAUUCCUAAAUAUCUGCACAUAUUUAUCUGUAUCUAAAUUGAAUAAACAUGAUAUUGUCACA